AUGUCUGCCGAUUCUGAGAAAAUUAUCGAGCGCCUGCAACAGUGGGGCGCCUGCGACGUCGCAGAUGGUCUCUCAAAGCUCAAGCAUCCCAAUGGAGGCUUCCUCGAAGGCUUGACCAUGUACUCGCCGGAGUUCCAAGCUGGCGAAACCAAGAUUGUGGGCCAAGCAUUCACUGUCAAAUUUGUCCCUAAAUCAGACGAUGUCUCGCCAAAGCUGCAAGGAAAUUACAUUGAUCAAAUUCCCAGCGGUGGUGUGGUCUUCAUCUCCCAGCCUCUCCCCCAGGUAAACGCAGUUUAUGGCGGACUGAUGACCCUCCGAGCCCAAGUCCUUAAUGCGGCUGGUGUGGUUAUUGAUGGCCGAGUGCGCGACAUCAAUGAGCAUCGAUCCCUCAACCUCCCUCUCUUUGCCAAGUCUGUUGGUACUACUGCAGGUGGUGAAGUCUGCCGACCAUCAGAGGUUAAUGUGCCCGUGCGUCUCCAUUCCGACAACCAAGAUGCAUGGAUCAACCCUGGAGACUACAUCAUUGCAGAUGCCAAUGGCGUUGUUUGUCUCCCCAAACAUCUUGCUGAACAAGUCCUCGAGGCUAUUCCUGCAAUUGCUGAGGCCGAUAAGAAGUGUGCAGAGGGCAUCAAAGCAGGUCGUUCAGUGCAGGAGGUUUUCAAAGAAUUCCGUGGUCGCUAG